AUGGCUUCCCUCGACCAUAUCGCGACCGUCUUCUCCGAGUACAAGUACGACAAGGAUGUCGGCUUCAAGAAGGUCGAGGGCGUACCUUGCCUGGCCUGUGUUUCGAAUCUCGAUCGCGAUGUCAGCUGCAAGUGUGUCUGGGGCAAUGAACCCGAGUCCUGUGUUCUCUGCGAUCAUUAUGAAAAGCAGUGUGGCUCGAUGCCUCCCCAGCUUCUCGGCGGAGAGGACGACCCUCUUGUUGACCCUACCCUCACUGAACGCCAGUUCUGGCGUAUCCAUGUUGCUCUUGAGGCUUGCGGCGCUGCCUGGCGUGAACUUGAAGGACAUCUCAUGGAUCCGAACAACUCCACCACGAUUUUCCUCCAAGAGCUGGCUUCCACUCGCGAGAUCAUGACUGCCUCCGCCCUCCAGUCUGCUGGUGCCAACUUUUCUCACGACGAACUCCGCGACCGCAUCGUCGCCUCCCAGUCGGCCUACACCCGGGACGACAACUGCGUUGUGACUCUUCGAGAUGCUCUGGCCCGCCUGUCUGUCGCUGAGAACACCGUGGUGCAAUCUGUCCCGGAAGAGGAGGGUGACUGUUUACCUUAUGAUUUCCCCUCCGAGCUCCGAUCCGCCUUGUGGAGCUGGCGUAAUCAUUCGACUCCUACUCCUGUGGUUGUCCACAAUGGCAUGCCUACCAGUGAUUCCCUUGGUCGAGACCGAAACUCCCAUUACGGAUUCUGA